GAGCCUAUUGUGGCUCGGCAGGCAGAAAUCCACAGGUGAAGCAGCUCCCCCAGCAGCGGGGAGAGAAGCCUCGCCUGUGGACUGCCUGCUUGCCUGCAGACGUCCUCCCUGUUGUGUUGCUUGGCUCUGAGCGCGCGGCUCGCUUGGCCUGCAGUGACCCGGCCCGGGCAUGGCUAUUUCGGGCUCGGCCGGCCCAGGCCAGCCUGCUGGAGCAGGGGGCGCGGGUUAGCGCCCAGCCAAUCGCGGCGCGGGGCGACGUCACGGGCGACGGAUGCUUGGCCGCGGUGGCGGCAGCAGCAGGAGCAGGUGCGUCAAAAAAAGUCCCGUUAAGAAAAGGGGAAAAAGAUAAAGAAAGAAAAAAGAGAAGGGAGGGAAGCAGCAAGCAGGCCAAGCCCCUCCGGCAUCUGCUCUCGCCCUCUGGCGGAAGGCCGAGGCAAAUACCGAGGUGGGAGGCGCCUCUGAGCAUGUGCUGAGUGCCGCCGCUCGCUGCCGAGGCGUUGCUCGCGAGGAGCCUUUAGCUUUGCGAGCUCCCAUGGAGCGGCCGAGCGUUGUCGGACAAAACUUCUGAAGGUCUCCUCUGGUUCAAACCCGGGGUGGGGGUGGGGCUAGUGGGCCAGUGGGCCUUCCCUACUGCUUCCGGUAGACUGCUCCUAGCUACGGAAGUUUCUUUGAGUUACCUCGAGCGCGAAGAACGCUGGCGCACCUGGAUGGUCUUCCUGCGUGUUCUUCAUCACGUCUCAGGUUCAUUCUGGUUGGAGGUGAUGGUGGUGGUGGAUUUAGUUAUCUCUGUAUCUCUCUCCCCCUCUUUUUGUAAAAGCUUUCCUGGCUUUUUGCGAAGUUGUUUCAGCACAUCGGCAAAGCCUCUUUCCCCUGCUGGCAAGGAAACAGCCAAGUCCAGAAGUCUUUCUCAGGACACAACAGAAGAACAUUAGGAGAGCAUCUGUGGGAUAAGGCAAAAAGGGACCCAUCUCUAGUCCUAUUCUUACAGUGGCCAAAGGCCCCUAUGAAUUUAGCAAUCUAGAUAGACUCCCUCUGGACCUGAAGGUUCCAUAAGAGCAUCAGAAGAACCCUGUUGGAUCAGUGGCACAGCAUCCUGUUCUCAUAGGGGCCAACCAGAUGCCCAUUAUGGGAAGUUCAGAAGCAGAAUUUUAGCAAAAGAGCACUCUUCUCUCUCCCGUGGUUUCCAACAACUGAAAUUAAGAAGCAGUUUUUGGAGACAGAAACAAAUUGUGUUCUGUUAUAGCUCGUUGUGAUCCCAUCUUUCUAAAGCAAAACAUAUGGGCUCUGCAUCCCAGCCAGUGGGGCCCACCUAGAUUUGUGCCAGCAGCAAUCCCUCCCUCUCUCCCCUCCCCUGGGGGCUCCAGUCUUUGCUGCUUUUCUCCACCAGCCUGUAGUUGGGUGUGGCUCAGGGGGGCUAGUCUGUAGAGAUUACACAACUCCUGGAGAAGCCACAUGGGCCAGCAGCCAUAGAAGUUUGAGGAUGCUCAAAAGGACAUCCUCCUCUUGAACCAUGGUCAGAGGUAGGGACGCUUCUGAAAGCCAGUUGCUAGAAGCCACAGGUAGGGAGAGUGCUGCUGCUGCACUCAGGGUCCUUCUUGUAGAAGACUUCCCAUUGGGGCAUCAGGUUGGCCACUGUAUGAACAGGAGGCUGGACUAGCUGGGCUCCCUUUGGCCUGAUCCACUUAUAUCCAGGUUCUUCUUAUGUCCUCUUGUUUUUGGCAGACAUUGGAGAAAUUGCUUUUCUUGCCUUCCUUACCUUGUUGGGUUGAUUGGUACCUAGGUUUCCUUGUGCCUUGGCAGAGAGCCUGUAUUGUGAACUCCUGAGGGCAGAGAAAGACUGCCUGUUGCUCCAAGCCAGCCCUUUGCCACAGGUUCACCAGCUUUUCUCUGCCAGUAAGGUGACCCAAGGGAGGAGGCUUGGAAGAGGCCGUGCCCUUGAUGCAGGAAGGAACAAGCCCACCUGCAUUCAUUCACUGAGAUGAAUAGAGGUAUAAUAGAGGCCAGUGGGUUGGUAGCCCUCACCAGAAGAGCCAGGUGAUCUUCAUACUCUCUUUAUUGUUGUUAAACAGCACAAGAGCCUGGUGGUUGGAUUCUUAUUUAUUUAGAAAGAAUAUUUACAUGCCACUGUCUCAAAAAUGCAUCACACUGGUGUAUAGUAAAAACGUAUGGUAAGUUGAAAGCAAACUAAAAGCAAAAUAAUUAAAAACAAACAUCAAUAGAUCUUUGUUGGGGGAUGUAGUAUUAUUAAUGUUUAUCCACACUUCCGCUUGUCUAGCGCCUAGAAAGCAUGGGUCCAAGCAGUUUUCUGUUUGCCCCUACUUUUCCUGGGAAAACCACUGGAUUGUAGCAAAACUUAGUCUGUGGAAAGCCUGAUUGACAUUUGCAGCCCUCUCCUGCUGCAGUCCCCCAGCAUCCUGCCUCUGAUGCUGAAGAGAGUUGUUUGUUUGUUUGUUUGUUUGUUUAAUAUAUUGUCCUAUUCCCGCAGGUCUCAGGGCAGUUCAUAGGCAGCUUUAUCCACUAUUAAUUUGACUAGCCUACCCCCCCCCCAAAAUGGCGGACCUUGCGGUCACCAUUAUACAUCAUUGUUGCAGCGCCCCCAGGGCUCCAUGCCCAGUGUGACUGCACCAGUUAGAAUCCCCUAAAUCUGCCUCUGGCCCCCCACUCUGCUUAUACACAGUAUCUCCCACCUGUUGCAAUCUCCCAUCAGCCCACCAGAGGGGGCCAGAAGAGCUCUUUCCUUAUGUACUUGCUUGCUUCCUUUUGCAACUGUACAAAAGCCUUGGGCUGUAUUAUUCAUCUUAUUUCUUGCUCCCUUUUGUAGGGGAGUUUCUCUUUCUGGGCUCCCUGCAUAUGAUAAGGGUAGACAAUUCAGGGGGAGCUUGCUCAAGCGUUGAGCGCAGGGCCCAGAAGGGCAGCCCAGCCUGAGCUGCUAAUAUCCUCAGCAGAAGCCUUGAAGGGGUUUCAGGCUGAAUGAACGAGCAUCAUUCAUGCUGAGGCUGGGUUAAGAGAAGUGGGUGCUGCAGGAGCCCUUGGGUGGAGGGCUUAUUGGUGGUGGUGCUGAGGCCCCACAGGGUCUCCAGAGGAGAUGCUAGCUUUUAGGAGGCUGGUGGAGGUUUCUGACCUGAAUUUUUGUCUCUCCUUUCAUCCUCUCUGAUGGAAAAAGCCUCGGAGCGCCUUCCUUCUCAGUGCACCCAUAAAAAGAACAAAGCUGUGGGUUUAAAAUUUCUUUAUUUUUAUUUACCAAGCAAAUGUAUUUUGGACGAGUAUUUCUGCCAGUCUGCACAACUGACCCUGAAGCUUACUCUGUUUAACAUGUCAAGCCUUGUGGUUGUUUGCAUUAUUAAAAGCGGUGCAUAAACAAAGCUUCUAGUGAAGUUCCUGGAAGGAAAAAAAAACCCUCCCUAAAACCUCAUCCAACAGCAUCCAAAGCACCCUGAGCAAAGGGUCUGAGAGAGCAAGGUGAGCAAGGGUGUGUGUGUGUGGAUGCACUGGUUACCUGCUCCAGCCUUUGAGAGAAGGGGCCAUAAUGAAAUAAGCAGCAUCUGACUGGCCACUGUAAGAACAGGAUGCUGAGCUAAAUGGGGGGUCCCUUCAGCCUGAUCCAGCCACAGGGCUUUUCUGAUUUUCUUAAAGAUCGGGAACAACAUAGUGUCCAGUGACUGCUGUUGUCCUCUCCAACCACUGGCCACACUGGCUGAUGGAAGUUGGAGCCCAAGACGUCUGAGCAAAGGCUGGGCCCAAACCAUGUGAAGCUUGAUAGAUAAAGGCCAGUGGUGAUGCAAUGGUUAGAGUGUUUGGUCUAGGACGUGGAAGAGACCAGGGUUCAAAUCCGCACUUGGCUAUAUGAACUUCAUUGGGUGACAUUGGGACCAGUGACCCACCUUACAAGGUUGUUGUGAGGAUAAAAUGGAAGGGGGCAGAGGAUUGGAACUGCAUAUGUCACCUUGAGCUCCUUGGAGGAAAGGUGGGUUCUAAAUGCAAUAAAUUCAGACCUGCAGCUCCAUCUCAUGGGUGUGCAUUGCUUGUGGAAGAUUGCAGUCAAAUCCAACAAGGCAUGCUGCUAGCUAGUAAGUUUAGAGGUAUGCAACCCCAGAGCUGUAUUGCGGAGAGGCAGAGACUCAUACCAUAGAAGGAGCAUAUGCAACUUCCUUCCCCCUCCAUUUUCUCUCUCUCUUCUCUGCAAGAGCCACAAUAGCCAUGGGCAGAAUAUGCCAUCUGUGGAUUCACGUCCAUGUCGAACAUCCAUUUUAGGGAGAGGAGCAGCCCCCCAAGGCAUAUGUGAAGCCUGGAGAGCAUCUCUUUGAGAGCACUUAAAGGUAGCCGCUGAAUAGGCUUUUUUUGCCUGCAGGAGCAGGAGGUAUGUGGUCAGUGAGAUUCCCUGCCCAAUGCAUAGGAAACCCAGUCCUUCUGAAGGGAUUAAUCUUGGUUUCCCCUUUUAAUGUUUUAGCAGGAAGGAGGUGUCGUGCUCCAUAAGUGUAACUGCCCCCCACUGCCUUGACCCCUGGGGCUAAGGAAGAGAGAACAGAUGUGGCCCAUUUGGAGCAUGCAGCUGGAGAAGGCUUCCUGCGACCUGGGCUUCACCGAAGCCAUCAACAAAAGGAUGCAGGUCCCCAACCGGCUGAAGGUGGCAGAGGACCCCAGUGCAGGAGACCUGCAGGGGGCGACCCUGAAGGACUGCCCCCCAUCCUACCAGAUGCACAUCCCUGACAGGAUCCUUGUGGCAGGUAGGGAGAAGUGCCUGCUGUACACUAGGGAGUGAGAUGGUGGAUGAGAUAGAACCCUUCUGUGCAGCAUCUGUGCACUGGGGUAUUGUAUAGAGCAGGGAUGGGGAACCCCAGACUCCGGGAACUGAAUGCACCAAAGCUUUACCUGGCCAUUAGGGGACUGUCUCUGCAGGCCACACCCCUCCCACAACUCCUGCCUGCCCUUCUCUGCAUCCCUCCUGGUUGGAAGGUGCCUUUGAACUGAGAUGACAAGUCUUCUUGCUUGCCUGGAUGGAGAGUGGUGUGUGUGUUUGGUCACACACCCUUUGGCCAACCCACUCCUGGAAGGGAACAUGCCACUGGGCUGAAAACACAACCCCUCUGGUGUAGGGGAAGGUCUGAAGGCAAAAGCACUUGGUGCUGAAGCUCGAAGGUGAAGAUGUCCCUGGGUCCAUGCAGACAAGGGGGUGAUUGUGGGAAUCGUGCUGCCUACACAGGCAAGCUUUACACAGCACAACCCACAAAAUCCCAUCAGCAUCAAAAUGCCUGCCUGUAUUCCUGCAUCUGCCAAGAAAACCUCAGGUGUAUGCAGCAAGGUGGUGGAGACCAGCACCAGACUCUGGAUAAAAGCCCUUUUUGGUCCCUGCAGGGAGAUUGCACAUUCCAUCUGUGGGGCUAUGUGGACAACCUGCCAUCAGCUGCCUUGCAGGGCAGAUGGAGGUCCUUCCCCAUCCCUCUCUCAUCUCUUCCUUCCUCUGUAGAAAUGACAACGAAUGCUGCUGACCAGCCUCACUUCCUUAGCCAGCUGUCGCACCAGCCCCCGAUUCUUGAGGAGCCUCUGCUGGAGGCAGCCAUCCAGCCAGCCAUUUAUGGAGAGCACCCCUUCCUCACCUUCAUCUCUGGACCUGGAUCCCCAAGGCGCAAACGGCUGGUACUGUGCUCGGGACAAGUUGGGGGAAUAGCUACAGUUUUGGGAGGGACGGAGAUUGGAUCUUGUGGCUUCGCAGAAAGGUCCCCAAGGAGCCAUGGGGUGGAGUUGUCAGGAUCUAGUCUCAUGGGCCACCUGUCAACCACCCAAAUCACAAUAGCACCAGGUGCUUCCAAGUCCCAUAGUUGGGACUUCAAAGAACCAUGUGCAGCCAGCCAGCCAGCAGACUUUGGCUCCUCAGUCCAUCAGCUCUCCCACUUUGAUGCUCUCAGUUGUUGUUUGAUGGCCGCAACUCUCUCUGCCCCUCACCUCACCUUAUAUAUGAUGUCAGGUGCAAGGCAGGUGGGCAUGACUCAUGGGGAAUGUCCACUUGGGCCAUAUUUGAAACCCUGUAAAGCCAAGAUUGGCCCAUGGGGUGGGGGUUCCCGACCCCUGCAUAGGUGGGUCUCUGAGGAGAGAAUCUCCCUUCAUGCAACUGCGGUGUGAGGAACAACAGGCAGGGCCAGGUAAGUUUUUUAAUGGGGGGCCCUGCAACAGGUUUUAAUUGGGGGGGGGGAGACACUUCAUGCAGAAAUUUAGCAAGGUGCUCUGUGGAGCCACUUCCCCCUCCUUUAAAAGGAAGUGGAACUUAGGGAAAGCUGUGGGGAGACAGGAGAGGGGGUGGGUGAGACGUAAAGGGAGGGGGAAUUGGUUAGGAAGGGAGGGCAAAGGGGUAGGUGGGGUUGCAAAGUGGAGUAAGGAGGGGUGGUAGACCCUAGUGUGUGGAUUUAUAUUGUGUGUCUGCCGCACAGACCCUUUGGCAGUGCCGGCUGGUGUGACAUGGUUGAUGUGCCAUGGGGGCCCCCCAAAGAGACCUGGUGGCACUCCUUAGGGAUGGUGACCAGUGGUGUUGCCUUUUGUGGCAGCACUAGGGAAUAGUGUGCCCUGCCAGGCUGCUCUGUCCUACUGAGCUCCAAGUGCAUCUGGAGUGACUGCCUGCGGUCUGCGUUGCCUAAGGGCAACCAUUUUUGGAGAGAAGGGGUCCUGCCUUUAGCCCCCCAGCUGGAGCUUUGCCUCUUGCCCCCUCACCCAGGCACAUCAAAGCAGGGCCAGAAAGGAGAGGGCGCUGGCGAAGAAUCCUCACCGGGGCUUGGGAACUCUCCACCAGAGGCAAGACUGGUAAGGGAAAGCUGCGGAGUGGCUUUGGUCAGGUCCUUCUUGAGUGUCCUGCUGCCCUUGUGGGGCGGGCAGGGGUGGGGUGUUGGGCUUUAGGGGCAUUUGCAGCUUCUCUCCCUUGCUCAUCCAUCCUCCCAGGUGGGAGCCUGCCUGUCUCCCCAGACACAUGCCAAGGGCUCCUGGCGUGUUCAGUGGAGGUGGUGGCAUCUUCUGGGGUAGCUGUGCCAAGGCAAAGCAGGUGCUGGCAGAGCCUUUUCUGACCAAGGUGCAGGUUGUGGCUGCUCUGGAGGCCAGGAAGUUCCCUUCUGGUGCCAGAGGAAGUGACCACUCUGGUUGUCUCCCUGUGCCCCUGCAGGCAGAAGCCAAGUGCACCGCCCCCUGCCUCCUCCACCCCCCAGCUUCCUCCGUUCCCUUCGGAGGGCAGGAUCUACUCCCUGCAGAAUGUCCUUCAGGUGCUGUGGUUCCUGGGGCACCAGAUGUUCCAGCUGUUUUGCAAGCCUGGCCAAGCCCAAUGCAGGUGAUUCUCUCCGACUUUGCUCAGGGCAGCAUGCAGCUGGCUGGGAUGUGUGCGAAGCAGGAGGGUUGUAUGGUGCACCAUCUGUGCCUCUGGUUGGCAGUGGGUGCUUCCAGCUGGCUGGGCCUCUCUUUCUUGCACUGGUGGCAUGUCCACGCUCACAGCCCAGUCUAUGCUCUGCUUUCCUGGGUUCCACAUCUGCAUGGCCAGCUCCAGCUCCAUUAUUGGAGGUGGUGAGGAAGAGACCAUUGUCCUGGGGAUUGUAAGAGUUUUGUGGGUACAACUUUGCCUUCAGACCCAAGGUAGGACCCCAAAACUCCACCAAAAGUGAGUGGGGGGCUGCAACCCAUGUGUAUGCUUCAGCACAUUUUCACACUUUGGGGGGCUUUUAUGUUGUAUUAUUUCACCCUGUGGGGAGGGCCAGAAAGAGGGUCAUGGAGUUUUGCCCCUUCAGGCCUGGAAAUGUUCCCACCCCCCCUUUGGCUUCUUGGACCUGGCCUCACGAGUGAACCCCAGUUGAAAUCAUGAAGAUGAAUCACUUGGCCAGUUCAGAAAAGCUUUGGUGAUAAAUUCGGGAGCUUCUUGCACACUAUUUGUACAAUGGAUGGAUAGGUGGAGCUUGUCCCUUGUUUCUUAAAGAGGUCCCCCUACCUGUGGGUUAUCUCUGGGCCCACACAAUCGGUGUUAUAAUUUUAUUAUUUAUAUGCCACCCAUCUGAUUGGGUUGCCCUAGCCACUCUGGGCAGCUUCCAGCAAAAUACAAAAAACACUAAAAGACACCAAACGUUAAAAACUUAGGCCCUCUGGGAGAAGGUGGGGGCUUAGGCAAGAUAAAUAAAUAGUAAUAAAUAAUUUUAUUAUUUAUAUGCAUAGGACCUCCUUAGUAGUGGCACCCACCCUGUGGAGCACCCUCCCAUCAGAUGUCAAGGAGAUGAGUAACUAUAUAACCAACUAGUUCCGUCAUACUGGGUGCAGAGCCUGGGGUUGGGGCCACAGGGGCACCACAACUAUAACGUAGGAUGGAAGGCGAGAGGCAGUAGGGAGUGCCAAAUUCUGGCGUUGCACAGGUCACCUGAGAUUUGAGACCCCAAGGUCUGCCACUGGCAUACUUGUGCAGGUACAGGAGGGGAAGGAAGAAAGCCUGAGGAAACCAGAGAGUGGUGUUCUGCCUUCUGGCCUUGACAGCCUUUGUUCCCUAGGCAGAAUGAAGCAGCGAGCUCAGAAGGCAGGUUGUAGGCAGCAGCCCUGGCAAUCUGGAUGCCAGCAGCGAUGCUGCUUCUGGUUGGCCUGGCCUGACUUGCAUUGUCACCCUUUCCAAAUGCAUACUGGGAUUGCUGGGAAAGGCCCUGAUGAAUCCAUCCAUCCAUCCAUCCAUCCAUCCAUCCAGAGAACCAUCCUAUGCCAUAGGGGGAGGCUUCCUCUCCAUUAGAACCAGCAACGCUUCAAAACUCAUGGAGACAUUUAACCAGAGGAGAUCUCUAUUUGAUGUCUCGGCCUCCACGGUCAGAGGCAGUGGUGCUUCCAGAUGCCAGAUGCUGCAAACCGCAGGAGGGCUUUUGUGCUCGGCUCCUGCUUGCUGGUUUCCCAUUGUGGCAUCUGGUUGGUCACUGAGAGGAGGCUGGACUAGGUGGGUCCCCUUUGACUUAGAAUCAUAGAAUCAUAGAAUUAAAGAGUUGGAAGAGACCACAAGGGCCAUCGAGUCCAACCCCCUGCCAAGCAGGAAACACCACCAGAGCACUCCUGACAUAUGGUUGUCAAGCCUCUGCUUAAAGACCUCCAAGGUUAAAGACCUGCUUGACCCAGCAGGGCUCUUCUCGUGAGUAGGCAGAGAAGUGGCCAGCAGGUGUCACGUGGCCACACUACUGCAUCGGUCAGAGAACUGGCACCGACUGGCAGUGGUCAGCAAGGAAACAGGGAGGUGGUGUCGGAGGGGAGAGCUAAGUGUGUUGUCUGUGUGACCUGCUUUGCACCUCCUCAGCUUCUCUUGCUGCUCUCAGGUGUGGUGGUGGAGCCUGUCACUCCAGUAAUGUUUAAGCCAAAUUCAGCUCCAGCUUGUGCAUCUUCUGUACCUACAGUGUGGCAUGGGGUGGUGCCAUCUCACCUGAACAAAAUGUCUUGGGCUGGCCUGGCUUUGGGGACUCACCAUGUCUCUCUCACCCCUUCAAAACCUCUUAUGCAGCUGCACCUCAUCAGCUGUCCCCAUAUUUUCUCUCAAGCUCUUGUUUUCUCCUCCCACCUUUUAGUUCCCUGCAGAAAAGUGUGGCCUCAGAGAGCUAUCCGGAGGACUUCGGCACCACAGAGGCUCUGGCAAUGAAGAAGCAGGUGAUGGUUUAUUUAUUUGUGAAAAUAUUUAUAUGCUGCUAUUUGUUUUUGUUUUUUAUUUAAAAAAAAAUACCAGGGCCAUUUACAGCAAUUAUACAUGACACUCUAUUAGACUUAGAAUCGGAAAUCAGAUGCUGUGGGAAGAUGCCUUCUUAACUGCCUGCAUAAGCUUGACAGAAUAGAGACAUUUUCAGCAGGCAUUUAAAAGUGGCAGGGUGUUUCACAGGACUGGGCCAAAGACAGUAACAGCUCAGUUUUUCUCUGUUGCCAAAAGAGCCUCACCAACUCAGAGAAUGACCAAUGACGCUCCUGCCAAUGAUGGGCUAGAAUGGAAGGGUUCAGGCACACAGGACCUUGAGACUGGUUCAGUUGUAGGUGGGCAGCCAGUGCAGGCAUUUUAACAAGGCUAUUGCAUGUUCUCGGCCUGGUGCCCCCAUCAGCAAUCUGGUCCAUCAGCAGGUAGUGGACGGGUGGGGAGGGAGGGAGGGAGGGGAAGCACAGAAAGUGACAUACAGUGGUGCCUCGCAAGACGAAAUUAAUCCGUUCCGCGAGUCUCUUCGUCUUGCGGUUUUUUCGUCUUGCGAAGCACGGCUAUUAGCGGCUUAGCGGCUAUUAACGGCUUAGCGGCUUUAAGUAAGUGGAAACAAACUAGCAAGAACUCGCAAGACGUUUCGUCUUGCGAGCAAGCCCAUAGGGAAAUUCGUCUUGCUGAACGACUCAAAAAACGGAAAACUCUUUCGUCUAGCGAGUUUUUCGUCUUGCGAGGCAUUCGUCUUGCGGGGCACCACUGUAUUUGUCUUGUCCCCCUGCAUGGGAUUGUGCUUGCCCUCUUGUUCCGGUGGAUGGGCUUUGAGCAUUGCUGCCCUUCCCUCUGGUGAGGCUUUUCCCUCUUACUGCGUCAUUCCCAGCAAAGCUUUUCCCUCAAUGGCCUCUGUUUCGCAUAGCAACCCGAGGCUGACCUCCUCCCUGUUGCUCUUUUUUUCUCCGGGCUGCAGCUGAUGAAGAUCGCAGGGCGGCUUCAGCGCCUGGAGAAGCAGCGUAUGGGCUGGCACCAGAAGGAGCUGCUGUUCUACUCUGUGCUGGCCUCUUCCUGCCUUAUCAACAUGUGGCUUUGGCACAAAAGAUGAGGAAGCCACCCUGCUCCAAGCAGCAAGACUUGCUGCCAGCAGUCAACCUUGUGCUUGUUAGUUUUCACUGAGCACUUGCCUAGGUGUCCUGGGGCUUCCUUGUUUGGGGUUGCAGCCAAAAGGGAAAUGGGCUGGAGGGGAUGUGUCUUGUGUGUGCAGAAGGAGGAAGGCCAGAAACGGGGCAGGGCUGGGGGUCCUCCAGAGGGCAGCUACUCCUUAGUCGGGACUCGCCUUUCUUUUGAAUAUGGCUUCAUAUGUGUGAUUCAUCCAGGCAUGAUGUGAUAUACUUUCUUUAGGGAGGGGUCCAAGGCAGCUCUAGCUGCAGUUAUGAUGAUGGGAUUUCACCGAUACAAGGGAUGUUGAGUUGCCUUAAGAUGAUGGCUUCGGGGUAAGUGUGGGUUGGUGUGCUUCUUAAUGCUAGUUACCAUUAAGGCAGGGUUGGGGAGUGAAGGAGAAGGAUCAGGUUCUCACCUGCAGGAGGGUUGAUGGGAACAAGAAGGGUAGGAAGAGAUCACUGGAAAGUCUCAGGACCGCAGAUCCUAUAGUAAAAUAGACUUAAAGCAGUGGGCAGCAUUUGUGGCCAGCUUCUGAUAGAAGUACAGGAGUAGGACUGAGCCAAACAGUCCCUGGGAAGGUCACAACCCCAGGGUUUCUCCAAGGCUUCUCAGGGUCCUUCAGCGCAUGCCAAGUUCUCCUUAGUGCUCUGGUGGUUUCCUGGCCAGUGGGCCUGUAUGUAACAGUUUGGGUGUCCUAAAAUUCGAAUAAAAUUUAUGGUAAAGAGCUUCUGCCUCUGUCUCUCUCUCUCUCUGUGUGUGAGUGAUGAAAAGGAGGGGUGGUGUCAGAAGAAGGAAGGUCUGUUUCUUCUCUGGGCUCCUAUUGUGCCCACAGUCAUUGGCAUCAGAUGGAGAGACAAAUGUCUCAGCCUCCCAGCUCUCCACAAAGUACAGCAGGGCAAGCUUGGCAAGGAAAUUGGGCAGCUCUGCAACCUUGCAAAAUGAUUCAAAGUUUGGAGUGAGACAGUGGCCAAAAUAAUUAACAGAGCAUGAAAUAACAUGAGAGAAAAGCAAGCUGCAAAAGCCCACUGGCUCUUCAAGAUGGUCUGAUGAAGUUGAUUCCCCCAUAAAUGCAACAUCCUUUAUAUCUUGGGGGUAGAAUCCCAUCCAUAGGGAGAGAGAGGCUGUGACAGUGUGAGGCAGGUCAUACACAUGGGGGAAACUUUUAGGAAUCAGUGCUGGGGUGUGUGUGAUUAUCAUUGCUUUGCCUUGGAAAGGGAACAGGUGUGAAUUGGAAGGGCUUUCUCUUGAGUUCCAGUCAGGCAGAUUUAACUAGAGUGUUGGUGGUAGUGCUUCAGGCAUGGUGUGUCCAUAUGUGGAACAAUGGUAUCUUGGCGUGAGGAAAUGGGAGUGAAGAGAUACAGGCAGGAUUUGGGCCAGGCAUGGUGACUCUGGUCUCUUUACACUGAACCCCAGUUGCUGGAAACCGCAGGAGGGGAGAAGGCUCUUGUGCUCACGUUCUUCCUGGUUUUCUACAGACAUCUGUUAGGCCACUGUGAGAACAGGAUGCUGGCCUAGACGGCUCUCCUUAUCUCUCCUUAUCUCCCUUUUCACCUAGCCUGGAGAGAUGUUUUUGCAACUUCUCCCACCCUGAGCAAACUGGCAUCAUCAGUGAAUGUGGCAACCUCAAUGCUCAUCCCUAACUCCUGGUCACUG